GACAGUUUAGUGUAGACAAAGUACAAACCGAAACCCCCUCUGAGAGAAUGGUUUCUCCCCCGCUGUCCGGGUGCUCGUGUAUACUAUUUUGACUGACACAGACAAGCGCCCGCUCGACGGCUUUGUGAAGGCACAGAACUGGUAGAGAACUAAACACCAUGAUGGGAGUGGAGAGCAGGUCUGAGCAAGUGAUGGUGUGAAACCCUCCGCGAUUGGUCAACAACGGAGGUGACAGCCGGUUAGAUUUAGUAGCUGGAGGAGAAGAAGAAUGGCUCGAAACGUUAACUUUGACCUGAGCCACCCUCUCAUGGAAGCUGGACUGGAGAGUCCUGUGGAUGAGGAAGGUGUUCAUGACUCGUUCAACCAGCUGAUAGCAGAGCAGAGUCAGAAUGGAGGACCGACUGAAGCCUUCGAGCUGCAGCAGCUGCAGAGAGAUCUGGACGAGGAGGGUCGAGAUGGUAUAGCUUACCUGUCCAGCCCUGGAGGCCGGCAGAGGCAAAGGGACAUGGAAUGGGAAGAUGACGAAAGACAGACAGACUCCCUCAUAGCUGAACGUUGGUCCUCGGCUACCUUGAAGGUCCUGUCCUCCAUGCCCAGUCGCACCAUUGGUCGCAGCCGGGGAGCCAUCAUCUCUCAGUACUACAACAGGACCAUGCAGCUUCGAAGGCGCAGGCAGAGCAGACCCGCAAUUCGAGACUUCUCUCGCUCUGCAAGGCCGAGCAUACGAGGCUACGGGAUGGAGGCUGACACUACAGAUGCACAGGAAGCAGAGAGGAACAAGAGGGAACGGUUGGUGAACAACCUGCAAAACCUGUCAGUGAGCGACAGAGUCAGGAUGCUCAGAGGGAUGCCUCUCAGUGUGGCUGAGAAGAGUGAACUGAGGAGGUUAGCACUACAAAAGCAGAGUCACAGACUGUCCAGCAGUAAGAUACCUUGUUGCAGUCGGCUCAAAUAUUACAUCAUCAUUGCUGUCAGACAGAGCUGGUACAGCUGGCUGUCCUUCCUGCACUCCCUCCAGCUGUGGCAAGUGGCGCUCAAGAGAGUGAGCGGGCGUUUCGGCACAGGAGUCCUCUCAUACUUCCUGUUCCUUAAGACCCUGCUCUUCUUCAACCUCUUCCUGUUCGUGGUGACGGGUGCCUUCCUUGUGCUGCCUCAGGCAGUGCACCCUCCAGUGUUGUCUACGGCUAGACCCGCCUUCACUGGACUGGAGUUCCUCACCGGAGCGGGUUAUUUCUCAGACACGGUGAUGUACUAUGGACACUACUCUAACUACACACUGCGCAAGGGCUGCAGGGAUGAUGUUGGAGGGCAGAAUUUGUCUGUGUCCAAUGGAACCAGCCUGGACUGUGUGUCAAAACACCACUCUUACAACAUGCCUCUUGCAUACUUUGUCACCAUUGGAGUGGCUUUCUUCGUCACGUGUAUCAUCCUUGUAUACAGCAUGUCAAAGUCGUUUGGUCAGAGCUUCCGAAUUGACAAGUCCCACAGUAUCUUGGCAGUUAAGGUCUUCUGCUCCUGGGACUUUAAGGUCAUUAAGAGAACCUCUGUCAGACUCAUGUCUGAGAAUAUCUGCAUCCAGCUUAAAGAGCUGCUAGCAGAAGUGAAUCAUAAAAACAUCAUGAACACUGUGUGCCAGAAGCUCUCCAGGCUGAUGGUUCAUGGCCUGGCCUGGGCUAUCUGCAUAGGCAGCAAUACUGCCUGUGUGUAUGCUAUUUACUGGUUCUCUGAUCACAUGCAUAAGAAUCUCCAGUUAACUUCUCGCAGUACUACUAAGGACCCUUUGCUGUACGAGGCAAGUCUGCUGGCUCCCCCUGUGGUCGUGUCGCUCAUCAACCUGCUGCUGCCUGGCCUCUUCAACCUUGCAGCCUGGAUGGAGGACUACGAGUCACCUUCUGUACGCACAUACGUUGCCAUCGGCAGAAACUUGAUGUUGAAAGUGAGCAUCCUUGGAGUCCUGUGCUACCACUGGUUGGGUCGGGUGGCUGCUGACCCUAAAAUCAUUGGACUGGAGUGCUGGGAGAGUUUUGUCGGCCAGGAGCUUUAUCGUUUCCUACUGAUGGACUUCAUCUUCACUCUACUGGACACCUUGUUUGGAGAGCUUCUUUGGAGGUUGUUCUCUGAGAGGGUGCUGAAGAGAAGGAGGAUGCCAGAGUUUGAUAUCGCCAGGAACGUCCUUGAACUCAUCUACGGACAGACGUUGGCCUGGUUGGGUGUUCUCUUCACUCCUCUCCUGCCUGCAGUGCAGAUUCUCAAACUCUUGCUCCUGUUCUACAUUAAGAAGAGCAGCGUGAUGAUGAACUGUCAGGCCCCCAGGAGGCCAUACAGAGUCAGCCAGAUGACCACCAUCUUCAUCACUCUCCUCUGCUUCCCCUCCUUCCUCGGUGCCUCGGUGUGUGUCACAUACACCAUGUGGAGCAUAACGCCCUCCACGUCGUGCGGUCCCUUCCGCGAGCUCAAAACGAUGUUCCAGGCGGGAAAGCGCUGGGUGGAAGAACUGGAAAGAGACAAUCCCAACCUGUCCCCACUGGCCUGGGCUCACUCCUAUCUGGUGGAGCACCCGUUCUUCCUGUUUGUGGGAGCAGGCAUCUUCCUGAUCGUCAUUUACUUCCACAGUCAGGUGGUGGACGGUCAAAGGAAGAUCAUCAACUUACUACAGGAGCAGAUAGAAAACGAGGGAGAAGAUAAGAAGUUUUUGAUAACUCGCCUCCAGUCGAUCCAUGAGCAAAAACGAACCCCCGCUCGAAGACUUACUAGUCAGGACUCCAGCUGUUGAGACCUCCAGUAGACAAGCUUCCUCAAUUCUGUGAGGUCUGGAGAAAUGUUAAAUCAGCGUGGAAAUAACUGGAAUAAUAGCCAGGGAAGGAGACCUGUAUAUAAGUCCAAAUUCACAUGUAUCAUGCAUUUGGUAGAUUCACUAAGGAUUUUUAUUUGCAGGAGAGGUUUGUAAAAAGAAACAAUGUGGAUAUAUCAGGUGAAACUAAGCUGUGUGCUUUAUACAGUGCUGUUUAUGGAUGAAAUGCCUGAACUGCUCAGGAAGUUAAAUGUUAUAGACGGACAAACAGAAAUCUCGAGGCUGAUGUUAUCAGUUCACACAGAUUUCAGUCAUCUCUCAUAGAGGCACUUUUCAUAUCAACUGUGAAGAAAUAAUUUUUUAUACUUAUUCAUGCUGCAAAAAAAAUAUGUAGUCUCCAUUUGUUUUAAAUGCUUUUAAUUUUAUCAGUUUGUACUGUAUGUUGUAGAUACAUUUUGGAUGUGGGUGCAAUUAUGAUGAUAGAGAAAAUUACUUUUUGUUAAUCCAUUUUUUUUUUGGUGACAACUACCACUCAUACUUUUCUAAUUAAAUUAUGUUUUAUCAUGUCAGCCUGUAUUUUUAUUUAUUUCUGCUUAAGUCAGGUGUGGUCACAAGACAAAUGUAUGUUACAAACAGCCUGAUAAAAAAUACAUAUCUCAUUCCUACUGUUAUCAUACAUGUAUUCAUUUUCUACACAAACAUGCAAAUAAAAAAGUAAAAUAUG